AAGAAGUGAGACUAAUAUGGACAGAACCAGGAGGUAGAAGCUGCUCGGACACAAAGACACUAAACACCGGGUCUGAUCCCUGAGUAGCUGCGGUGGUUUGAGGAGCAGAAGUAGUUAUCCCCUUACUUCAUACGUGGCUUCAUUUGGAAGGACCAGUACGGACAUGUCAGUGGAGUGCGCCCUGUCACCUCCUCCUCCUCCUCUUCCUCCACCACCUCCUCCUCCUCCAGCCCCAGCAGAUAGGAAGAAGAAGCUGUAUCAGACCAUAGCCAGCAGCAGGAGUCCAGUGGAGGGAGACCACACUGAGGCCUGCUCCCUGCUCAGCCAGAGGGACAGCAGUUUUAGGAAGGACCUGCAGUGGAUCCUGGUGAACACAUACGUGCCUUCUCUCAUCCAGGAUGGUCCUCAGUGUGGUCUGGUGGCUUUGUGGAUGGCUGCUCACCUGCGUCAGCCACGGCUCAGUGUCGACAUGGAGGCUGUGGUUCAGACGGCACUGAGCAGAGGAUACACAGCGCAGGGUGAAAUGUUUUCAGCCAACAACAUGGCCCUCCUGGCAGAAGAGGUUUGCGGCUGUAAGGCCGAGCUGCUGUCUGGAGGUUUGAGUGGCGACAAUGCUGCAGCUGUCGUCACACAUCUGUGGGGGAGACAGCCCGUUCUCCUCCCAUACGACGAGGACUACAACCACGAGCCGUGCCAGCGCAGUGGCCACAGGGCGCACUGGGCCGUCGCCUCAGGAGUUCUCCUCGGGUUGGAUCAGGGGAGUGUGAGCAGUAGUGGCGCCCAGCCUGAUCCCAGUCUUCCCUGGCUUCACCUGCCCAGCGACACCAGUUCCCCUUGUCCUGUCCGCAGCACGGGGCUCAGAGAGGUUUACGUCAUGGCUAAGCAGGGUAAGAGCCUGCGCUACCAGCUGUGGAGCCUGGACAGUGUGGCUCGGAGCAACGAGCAACUGAGGACGAUGGACCCUCAGAGAGCCGGGGACGGGAGCCGGUAUGUGGUUCCUAGCGGGGACGUGGAGGCCGGGCUGGCUGGACAGGCGGUGCUGCUGCACACGAGGACACAGGAGCACUAAUAAGUGUUGCUGCUGUUUGAAUCAUGGAUGUAAACGGCAAUUGAGAACAUGCAGGGAACUAUUUAAAGUUAUAGUGAGAAGCUGAGGGGCAUCACAGUGGAUUCUUAUUCCUACAGUUAAUUUACAGGGCUGUGAAAAAUGCUUUAAAGCUGAGUUUCACACUGUAAAGUAACUGUAUUUGGCCAAAUACUGAUGCAGCCUGGUUGUUGAGUCUUCUAGUGACGGGUGCUAUGAGAACAUUUAGAGCAAAAUGCUAUUGAAACAAACCUCAGGGAGAUUUCUCUUAUCGUAAAAGGCCUCAGUAGAAAAUGUGGGUAAAUUAUAAGUAAUAUUAUGAUGAAUGAGAGGCUCUUGAAAUGCUGUUUAUCCCUAAGAACACAUUAACCCUGUGUUACCUCAUUAAUGUUAAGCAAAAAAUCUGAUCAUGAUCUCCGUAUGAAGUGCCUGUGGUGUAAACAUGGUGUCCAUUAUUUAUGAAUAGCACAUGACAUUAUAUUAAUUACGCAACGCAAAGAUCACAGUGGUGCAGACUUUGGUUAACUAGUUACAAAAUAAUGUAGCUGAACGAUAUGAGAUAAAUAACAUGUGUUUUAAACAUGACAGCAUGUAAAGCUGUUCAAGUAGACCUCCCAAAUACAUGUGAAAUUAUAACAAUGCAAGUGGAUAGAAUAUGAGUAUUUUAAUCACAAUUAUAAAUUACAUAUAAUGUGAAAAGACUUGUUACACACCCAUAGACCAGAACAACUGAAUUCAAACUAAGAAACUGCUGCUGUGUUUAUGGAGAUAACAUUUUUGUGUGGCAGGUUUACAACAUGAUGAAAUCAUCACAGAGUGAAUGUGGUGUUUAUACAAUAAAUAGUUUCAUGUAGGA